AAUUAUGGUGGAUUCAAGGGAAUAUUCACCCCAAAGCACAUUGGGACGAAGCUUCGUUGCCUUAUUUAUUGAAAAGUGAUGUUGAUUGGGAGAAAUACACAGAGCGAACUGACUUCUUUAAUGUACAUGGAAAUUGGGAGUGGAUAGAUGGGAAUGUUUGCGUUUAUGAAUUGCCUUUAGGACCUCAUGGGACUUGUUCUAGAGCAAUUGAAAGAUUGAUUAGUUCAAAAGAUCCAGAAAUGAUGCUUGUUAGUUUAGGAGAUUCGCGAACAAGGGUUGGCGGUAGGGGAAAAGAAGCAGAUGAGUCUUUUGUACCAUUUGACAAACCUGAAAUAAAUUCAAAUGGACGUGAAGGCCCUAAUUCU